AUGGCGUCUCUGUGAGUUGUCCUUUUCGCACAAGAUAUUCUCAUUUUAUUACGAUCAAAACAAGAAUUAGUGUUUACAAAAGUUCUGAAAUGAGGCCGUGUGUAGUAUUAUAGCAUUAACUAAUAAAUAUAUAAUAAAUUAGGGUUAUUAGGAUAAUUUUUAUUUAGUGGGACAAUGAAUUGCUCUGGGCGAGGCGUUUCAAUAUAUUUCUUACUAGUGAAAAUUCGUAUAAACCCCUCGUCCAGGCGUAUUAUAUGCGCGUUUUAGUGUAAGCCGAUAUAUAAUAUAGUGAAAAUGGACAAGAAAAGUAAGAAGAAAACUGUGAUUAAGCGGAAAAGUGAUGACCAAGGUGACGGUGAAAAAAAACAGAAGAUGAUCAAUCGCGCCAAAAACGACGAUGAAAAGGAUAAAAUUGAGGUCCAGGUUAACCAGGUCGUCGAAGUACCAGUCGAGCAGGGUCAGCAGAUAGUUCACACGGGACAAUUGGUCGAAGGAAACUUCGAACAGCCAGUGUUUGUUAACAUGAAGGGGGAACCAGUGCAACUUGGCCCUAACACUGUGAUAUUGUAUGAACAAAGCGGGAACCCGUCGAACUUCGCGUUUGGCGGGAUGUGGAGUAUGGAUUCAUCUGGUAGAAUUGUGAUGGCGGAAACGAUAUACGAUGUGAAAGGAGAACCCGAAGAGGAAGGGAGCACUUUUGUCCAAAACGCAACAGAAGUCAAUAACCAACCAGUCGAAGAGGCAAGUAAUACCUACCAGCAGUUUGAACUGAGCAAUAACACUCAAGUCGAAGGCCAAGAGUACGAAGUUGCUAUCAUAGAGAACCCGGGAGAUGCAUCAGAUAGGGCAGAAGGUCAAAUUAUAACAACGGAGGCCCAACUGGUUGCGACCGGGGCUGGUGCUGUGCGCUGGCUCAACCAAAAAUAUGAUUUUGUCGUGAGAAAACUCCAGUUGAACUAUGAUGCAGGCGUCAAACUUUUACACUCGCAGUCGGGUUGCAUUCAAUGCGUGUAUCUCACAACGCCGAGCAUGCAGCUGGCGUUCAAUGCAGUUCCGCAGUUUCUAUGCAUCGAGACGGGCAUAGAGUUCAACAGUGCAAUUCCAACAGUGGGCGGAACGAACAACCCAAGCGUCAAACACAACGUCACGUUGUUCCUAGCCGAGGACGGCAAUGGAAAAUCAGUCAUCGUUAGUGCAGGUAUAUCGACGCUGAUCGGCGAGGACCUGACGUGGCUGCUGGAGACGUUCAAGUCGUGCAACCCGGCGUGGCGGCAGGUGCGCUGCGUGGUGUGCGACCCCACGAAGAGCCAGCAGGACGUGCGCGGCGCGUUCCCGGCGGCGCACGUGUCGUGCAGCGUGUGGCAGGCGGCGCGCGCGGCGGCGCGGGCGGCGGCGGCGGCGCGCGAGCCCGACGCGCCCGCGCUCGCGCCCGACGACGUGGCGGCGCGCGCCAAGACCUACGCGCUGGCGCUGCUGCGCGGCGACCACACGCCGGCGCAGCUGCAGGUGCUCAAGCGCGCCGUCAUCGGCACGGGCGCCGGCACGCUGCGCAUGUGGGAGCAGCUCACGCGCGCGGGCGGCGCCGUGGCGCGCCUCGACGCCUGGCUCGAGCCCGACAACUACACCAACAUCCUGCACAAGGGCCUGGAGCGCCUAGUCGCGAAGUUCCAGGGCCUCGUCCGCAGUCAGAUGCAACCGGACGAGUUCGUCUCGCUGUUCUUCAACGUCGCCAACCAGCUCGAAGACGAGCGACGAAGCUUCGCUGUCAGUAGGCUACGGGAUACGGAAACGUUGAAGCAGUCGCCCACGGACACGAUAACGCAGUACGCAUACAACCUAAUGAGUCACCAGACGAAGCUCGCCCAGAAGUGCCUCGACGACAGAGCGGGCAGAAGGCAUAGCAGUGCGGCGAUAUGCAAGUACGGGACGUCGACUCAGGAGUGUUCGUGUCUCUUCAGCAAGGUGUUCCGGUUGCCGUGCAGACAUAUCCUCAUGCUGACCACCGAGUUGAAGGUCAAAACCCAUAUACCAUUCGAGCCCCGCUGGACGGUGCAACAUUGUCUCUUUGGUUGUGAGGGAGCGACUAAUGCUGGUGGUAAUAAUACUACAACAAGCGGCAGUACGUUCAUGGAGCAAGUGGUGGUUGAAACAGAAGGUCACCGGCAGACCAUACAACAACCUCAACAAAUACAUCAGGUGGGCGGAGUAAGGCAACAGCAAUAUGUAUUAGCGACGCCCGGUCAACCCGCGACACCCGUAUCACAAGUGAUAUUCUGCGGCGGAGGCGUGGGCGGCGUGGGCGGCGGCGCGCCCGUCAUCACGUCCGUGCUGCCGUCCGGCGGCGCCGUGCUCACCCCGCACCACGCGCUGCACCACUAGCCACCCGACCGCCCACCCGCACCGCUCGGCCGGACGAGCACGGCGCGGCUUAAGAAUUAUGUACAAUACGAGUGUAACGAACCGCGUGACAGACUCGGUUGACGUCACGCGGGUCGCACGCGCAUGCGCCACGUGUGCGCUUUGCGUACGCCUCGCGUUGCCUUUGUCGUUUCAUAAAACUGCCAAUAAGUAUCGUUUUAUUGUAAAUAUUUCUGUAAUAAGUACUUUUACAUGGUUUUAAUGAAUUCGAAACGUACUUGAAUGAUGUGGGCGGCCCUGGCGGCGGUCGAGAGCGGGCGUUGCGGGCCGGGAGGGGGGCGAGUAGGGUUUACAACGCGGCGUUAUGGACAUGCACAAAGGAGAUUCUAUUAUAUACUCAUAUCAUGUAUUAUUCUCCGCUCAAUGUAAAUUAAUGGCGAGCAUCCAAUUAUCGACGAAUACAUUUUUAGAUUAAUGAUAUAAAUACUAGUUUUAUCCGCGUCUUCCCCCGUGACGAAUGAAAUAGACAGACGAAUAGAUAAUAUUGUAUUGGUGAAUCAUUGAUGGUGAAAGAGUAUAUUUUUAUUACGAAGUCAACACGCAAAGACGGUCCCCGCGCCUCGGAAAACACUUGAAGCCUUUGUUCCACGUGAACUCUUUUCCGUCGUGUAGAAAAUGCGUUAUUUCUAUUUUUGAGUAUGGGAAUAGAAGCUACUAAUUUGCAGAGAGUGUAUACAAUUCCAACUUCCGGGCUGAUACUGAGAUUCUUCGACAUAAAAACUGAAUAAAUUUAUUGGUUCGGCUUGAAGUUUGAACCCAUGAUCUCUCGAUCUGAGGCAUUAUAUCUAUCAACUAGACCAAUGAGGCAGUCAUAGUAACUAUGCUAAAUUUCAAGUUAAUCGGACUCAUAGUUUCAAAGAUCUUGUGAUGAGUCAGUUAGUCCGUGAUAGUAACAGCCUGUUAAUGUCCCACUGCUGGGCUAAGGCCUCCUCUCCCUUUUGAGGAGAAGGUUUGGAGCUUAUUCCAUAUAUAUAUAUAUAUAUACAUACAUAUACAUAUAUAGUAUAUAUAUAUGUAAAUCUAUAUAUUAUAUAUACAUAAAGAUUAUGAAGUUCAUACGAAAUAUUGAUUAUUUACAAUCGGAAAUAAUGGUCGGCUUGUGUAUAAAUCAUGUAUAACUUUAUUGUUAUAAACUUUUACGCGAUUAUAAUCAAAUUCUUUGCUAAUUAAAGCAUAAGUGUAGUGUUAUGUUCGAUGGUCGCAUUUUCAAACGCAUUCAAUUUGUUACAAAUCAAUGAACAUCUUAGCGCUCGGUACACGGUAGGGACUUGAGAUUUCAAGUGUCGAAUGACGUCAGCGUAAGAUUUCGAGCGUCAAUGUGCGUUAAUGUGUGCGUGAGAUCGGUACAUACUCAUACAUACAUGUUAUAAUACCUUUUGUUCAAAGUCGAUUGUUAAUGCUAAUCUCGGUUCUGUAGUACACAGUCUUUAAGUAUAUCGUUUUAGUUUUUUACUAUAAGACAUUUAGGAUACAAUCGGAUUUACUUUCCCGGUUAAAUGUGCUUUUGUCUAUUGGUUUUUUUAAUUAAAUAUGUGUAAUAAUUAUCUAUGAGCUUGUCAACUCAGUGUAUAAAAUGUCUUUAUUUUGCGAUACACUAAAUAUAAAUUAUAUUCUUAAUAAAAUAUAUCUUUUGAUGUCAAUCUAGCUCUGCCGAGCUGCUCCUCACCCAACCGUGGGGAGAAAUCUGUGGUGGGGGGGAUGUCGACCUUCUUGGCAGUUUUCCACGCGCAUUUGGCGGGGCUCACCCUUAAGGGUGGGAAAAUUUCAAGGGCAACCCGCCAAGUUCCAUUUCAUAGCUGAUUAAAAGGACGCGCGAGACCACCACAUCAACUAAAUCGAUGUCUAGUAACUUACAUUUUAACCGAGGUUGAGUUUUGUAGAACUAUUCUCAAACAACAAACUCGAAACUCGCCGCAGUACACGUUCGUUAUACGUCAAAGUGAUAUCUGAUAUUGACUAUAAUAAUUAUAAAACAUAUUUACACAUUCUCGCGAGUGACGAUACACGUGCAGUUCUCGUGUUUCGCCUCGUCGACCAAUAUGCUCGCGUAUGAGGCAAUUUUUAAGAGGGGGGAAGUGGAUUGAGUGCCGAGACGAAGGCGUAUAGCCUUUAAAUGUUCUGCCUAGCAAUUCGUCUAGAAAAUUGCUUAGGAAUGCGGUACAACAUUUAAAAGAUACGUGCAUGAUAUUAUGAGCGCAUAUGCUUGGUGGUAGGGUUUUAUGCAAGUCUGGUUAAGUACCACCCACUAACUUAUUCUACCACCAAGCACCAAUAAUUAGUAUUGUUGUUUCGUGUGUUCACAAGGGAUAUAACAUCUUAGUUUUCGAGGUUGGUAACGCAUUAGCUAUCUCCAAUGUUUAUGGGCUGUAGGGUCUUACCAUCAGGCCUAUUUGCCUGUUCGAAUAUUUAUUUUCUUAAAAAAAAAAACAGACUAGCGUAUAACCGUAAGUAGGUUUCAGUUCAUAAAUGAGAUUCGAAGUGAUUUCUUACAGAAUAUCACAGCUGACUGAUGCUUACAAUGAAUCGGCUGAUUGUCAUACGGAAUAGUUGAGGCUAAAAUUAUGAGUACAUAAAUAAUAAGAAUUGGUGUCGGGAGGUAAUGGAAGGGAUGAAAGUUGCGUCUUUUGUUAUAAAAAUACGUAAAAUGUUAUCAUAGAUGUAAUGUGUAAAUAAGUUAUUUUAUAAUAAAACAAUUCUUGAUUUUGAUUGUA